AUGAGUGCCGACAACGGGCCCCUUUACCUGGGCUUUGACCUUUCCACCCAGCAACUCAAGGCCAUCGUCGUCAACUCCAACCUCAAGGGCGUCGCCGAAGCCAAAGUCGACUUUGACCAAGACUUUGGCGCCAAGUAUGGCAUCCACAAGGGCGUCCACGUGCGCGAGCAGACGGGCCAAGUGUUUGCCCCCGUCGCCCUCUGGCUGGAGUCGCUCGACCUGGUGCUGGAGCGGCUGGCCAAGGCGAUGCCCGUGCCCGUGAGCCGCAUCAAGGGCAUCAGCGGCUCUGGCCAGCAGCACGGCAGCGUGUUCUGGAGUGCGAGUGCAGAGGAGCUGCUGGGUGGGCUGGAUGCGAAGAAAUCGCUGGUCGAGCAGCUGGAGAAGGCGCUGGCGCAUGAGUUUGCGCCGAAUUGGCAGGAUCACAGCACGGGUGAUGAGUUGGUUGCUUUUGAUGCUGAGUUGGGGGAUAGGGAGACGUUGGCUGCGGUUACGGGCAGCGGUGCCCAUCAUAGAUUCACCGGACUCCAAAUCAUGAGAAUCAGACGAGUCCUGCCUGAAGUCUACGCAAACUCAAAGCGCAUCUCCCUCGUCUCUUCAUGGCUCGCCUCUGUGCUCAUGGGCACCAUUGCCCCCCUCGACGUCAGCGACGUCUGCGGCAUGAACCUCUGGGAUAUCCCCAACCAGACCUGGAGCGAGCGUCUGCUGGCCCUCUCCGCCGGGCCGGCCGGUGUAGCCGAUCUGCGUCAGAAGCUGGGCGAGCCUCGCAUGGACGGCGGCGGUUCCAUGGGCUCCAUCUCGCCCUACUUUGUCAACAAGUACGGCUUCAGCACGGAUUGCCAGAUCGUCUCCUUUACCGGCGACAACCCGGCCACGAUCCUUGCGCUCCCCUUGCGUCCUCUUGAUGCCAUCGUCUCGCUGGGCACGUCAACGACUUUCCUUAUGAACACGCCUACGUAUAAGCCGGAUGAGUCGUAUCACUUCUUCAACCACCCUACAACACCCGGUAACUACAUGUUCAUGCUGUGCUACAAAAACGGUGGUCUUGCCCGUGAAAAAGUCCGCGACACGUUGCCCAAGCCUGAAGGCGGCGCAACAGGCUGGGAGAACUUCAACAAGGCCGUACUGGAAACGAAACCCCUGGGCGUGGACGGCGAGGGCGACCGAGCCAAGAUUGGCUUGUACUUUUACCUUCGAGAGACGGUCCCCAACAUCCGUGCCGGAACCUGGCGUUUCACCUGCAAUGGCGAUGGUACCGAUCUGAAGGAAUCCCCGGAAGGCUGGUCCAAGGAAGCUGAUGCUCGUGCCAUUGUCGAAUCCCAGGCUCUUUCCAUGCGUCUCCGCUCCCAGAAGCUUGUUCACAGCCCACGCGAUGACCUCCCCGCGCAGCCCCGUCGCAUCUACCUCGUAGGCGGCGGAUCCCUGAACCCAGCCAUCACACGAGUACUGGGCGACGUCCUCGGCGGCGCAGACGGCGUAUACAAACUCGAUGUCGGGGGUAACGCUUGUGCCCUAGGAGGUGCGUAUAAGGCGUGCUGGGCUCUGGAGCGGAACGACGGCGAGACGUUUGACGAGCUGAUUGGCAAGCGGUGGACGGAGGAGGGCUCGAUUGAAAAGGUGGACAUUGGAUAUCGGGAGGGCACGUAUCAAAAGUAUGGCAAGGUCUUGGGGGCAUUUGAAGAGAUGGAGGGUAGGCUGCUCGCGGAAGAAAAGCAUUGA